AUGGCCCCGAACUUCUACCAUGCAGAUACACCUGUGGAUGUCAAGGGCGCCAAGGGGCUUCACUUGAUCACGACCUCAACUCCAAAUGGCAAGAAAGUCCAGAUUAUGCUCGAGGAGCUUCGAGAGGCUUAUGGAACCGAAUUCACCCACACACUGAUUUCUAUUCCGACCAAUGAACAAAAGAAGGAUUGGUUUCUUAAAUUGAAUCCUAAUGGUCGGAUUCCCGUUGUUGUGGAUAACACCAAGUCCCCACCAUUUCCUGUGAUGGAAACCUCAGCCAUCAUGCUCUACCUCCUGAAGGAAUUUGACCCUAAGGACACUUUCGGCUUCAAAGAUGAUCUCGAGCGUUCUCAGUGUCUGCAAUGGCUGUUUUUCUGGCACGGAAGUGGACAACCUAUCGAGGGACAAUUGAAUUGGUUUGGGAAGUUGGCUCCGCAGAAGGAUGAAUUCGCUAUCAAUCGGUUCAAAAACGAAACCCUCCGAGUCUUUGGAGUUCUUGAGAUUCACCUAUCGGGCAAAUUUACAGGCGAGCCCCGAGACUAUUUAGCUGGAAAUGGCAAGGGAAAGUAUUCUGUCGCGGAUAUGGGAACAUGGCCUUGGGUUUCUGGUUAUGGUUUCUCAGGCCAGAUCAGUGAAGCUGAAAUGAAGGAAUUUCCACACUUGUUGAAGUGGGUUGAGAGAAUCGCAGAGCGACCUGCUGUUCUGAAGGGAACGUCACAAUCUUACCAGGCUCAAAUUGAGCUAUGCCGCCGUACCAGGUGUGAUCACGAAUCGAAGCAAAUGAUUCGAUACGACUAA